CUCUGGAGAGCUGCCAUUCGGCACCGGAGUGGCUCAGCGCUCCCAGAAUGCACCGGGAGUCCGCGGGAAACCAAAAUGGCGAAGGGCUGUAGGGAAGUAGGCUGUGUUUGAGGCCGGUGUAAGAACGCUCUCACUCUACCCCCAACCCAGUCCCCAGGACCUCGGUUUGUGCGUGUGCAUGUGCGGGGUGCCCGGUGGGGCAGGUGCCCAGUAAGUGCUCGAACUUGCAGAGGAAGCGCCCACGGGGACGUGAUUGGUUGUUUUUUCCUGUAUGAAGCGGUUGGCACCACUGAAGUGACCGAAUGAGGGUGAAGUUUCGUGUUACCUACAACUUUCAGAUGGAUCAGCAAAAAAAAAAAAGUGUGUAUAUACCCACGUGUGGACAGAUGGAGAGAAAAAACAAAGACUCUACAGGGGCAGGUAAUUCACUGGUCCACAAGCGGUCUCCUUUACGUCGAAACCAAAAGACCCCAACAUCCUUGACCAAGCUGUCUUUACAGGAUGGACAUAAAGUCAAAAAGCCAGCAUGUAAAUUUGAAGAGGGUCAGGAUGUCCUAGCUAGAUGGUCAGAUGGCUUGUUUUAUCUUGGAACUAUCAAAAAGAUAAACAUAUUGAAACAGAGCUGCUUCAUUAUAUUUGAAGACAGUUCUAAAUCCUGGGUUCUCUGGAAGGACAUUCAAACAGGAGCCACUGGAAGUGGGGAAAUGGUCUGUACAAUAUGUCAAGAAGAGUAUUCAGAAGCUCCUAAUGAAAUGGUUAUAUGUGAUAAGUGUGGCCAAGGAUAUCAUCAGUUGUGUCACACACCUCAUAUUGAUUCCAGUGUGAUUGAUUCAGAUGAAAAAUGGCUCUGUCGACAGUGUGUUUUUGCAACAACAACAAAGAGGGGUGGUGCUCUUAAGAAAGGACCUAAUGCCAAAGCAUUGCAAGUCAUGAAGCAGACAUUACCCUACAGUGUGGCAGAUCUGGAAUGGGAUGCAGGUCAUAAAACCAAUGUCCAGCAAUGUUACUGCUAUUGUGGAGGCCCUGGAGACUGGUAUUUAAAGAUGCUGCAAUGCUGCAAAUGUAAGCAGUGGUUUCAUGAGGCUUGUGUGCAAUGCCUUCAAAAGCCAAUGUUAUUUGGAGACAGGUUUUAUACAUUUAUUUGCUCUGUCUGUAGUUCUGGACCUGAAUACCUCAAACGUCUACCAUUACAGUGGGUAGAUAUAGCACACCUAUGCCUUUAUAACCUAAGUGUUAUUCACAAGAAGAAAUACUUUGAUUCUGAACUUGAGCUUAUGACAUACAUUAAUGAAAACUGGGAUAGAUUGCACCCUGGAGAGCUCGCAGACACACCAAAAUCUGAAAGAUAUGAGCAUGUUCUGGAGGCAUUAAAUGAUUACAAGACCAUGUUUAUGUCUGGGAAAGAAAUAAAGAAGAAGAAGCAUUUGUUUGGGUUGCGAAUACGUGUUCCUCCUGUGCCACCAAAUGUGGCUUUCAAAGCAGAGAAAGAACCUGAAGGAACAUCCCAUGAAUUUAAAAUUAAAGGCAGAAAGGCAUCCAAACCUAUAUCUGAUUCAAGGGAAGUAAGCAAUGGCAUAGAAAAAAAAGGAAAGAAAAAAUCUGUAGGUCGUCCACCUGGCCCAUAUACAAGAAAAAUGAUUCAGAAAACUGCUGAGCCAUCUUUGGAUAAGGAAUCAGUUUCAGAGAAUCCCACCUUGGAUUUACCUUGUUCUAUAGGGAGAACUGAGGGAACUGCACAUUCAUCUAAUACCUCAGAUGUGGAUUUCACGGGUGCUUCCAGUGCAAAAGAAACUACCUCGUCUAGCAUUUCCAGGCAUUUUGGACUAUCUGACUCCAGAAAAAGAACUCGUACAGGAAGAUCUUGGCCUGCUGCAAUACCACAUUUACGGAGGAGAAGGGGUCGUCUUCCAAGAAGAGCACUCCAGACCCAGAACUCAGAAAUUGUAAAGGAUGAUGAAGGCAAAGAAGAUUACCAGUUUGAUGAACUCAACACAGAGAUUCUGAAUAAUUUAGCAGAUCAGGAGUUACAACUCAAUCAUCUAAAAAACUCCAUUACCAGUUAUUUUGGUGCUGCAGGUAGAAUAGCAUGUGGCGAAAAAUACCGAGUAUUGGCUCGUCGGGUGACGCUUGAUGGAAAGGUGCAGUAUCUUGUGGAAUGGGAAGGAGCAACUGCAUCCUGACUGUAGGACUGAACAUUAUGUUCACUGCACUCAUUUUCUGUAGGUACAGUUCAAAGCCCUAACGGAGUCUGGCUUUUACUGUCUUUCCUUUAAAAAAAAAAAAAAAGUCAAAUUCACAAAAG